AUGGAUGUGGUCCGGAGCCUCCUCGGUGAUUCCAACUUCUUUGUUGGAAGUCCGCCCAAGAACAAAGAUGAGUAUCUAAACAGAUUUCUUCUUCAGAUGGGCUACUCUGCUUCAGCCAUCACAACCCACAAGGGCCGUCUUCUGCGACAGCCUAGGCGGCAUCAGGACAUGGCUUCUCGGUCUGGUCCUCGCGGUAUAGAAGACGGUGUGCCUGUGUCGCGCAUGUUCUUUGAAAGAUAUCUCCGAAAAUCUGGACAAGUCGAUCUUACGCCUGAAAACGUUGACUCCAUCAUUUCUCGAAGCAACUACCUCGAAGACAAUUCUGAAGAUGAGCUUGCCUUCGUUAAAGCAGACGAUGCUUCAGACCUCAAGAAACAAAAGCAAAAACAGAAGAGAAAGGCAACAGACGGCGGUAAACUCAAAGCAGGCUCCCUUCUUAAACCCCUCGCCAUGGCCUUCACCGCCGAAAUGUUUGAGUUCUCUUUCCCCUAUCUGGUUCUGCACCGGUGGUCGUGGAAGUUUCUUCGCCAGAUUAAAAGUGUCUGCGAUCCAGUACUGCGAAGACUUCAUGGGCCGGCAUAUCUUGACCAGGAGAAACAGCUCCCGUUUACAGUGGGAUACAUACUCAUGACGUUUGCGGAGGAUCCGGAUGGUGAUGGCAAGGAACUUAUGAGAAUUGCGGCGGGGGAGUUUAAUGGGUUGGUUUGCCAGAAGGGCAUUGGGAAUGUGACGAUUACUGCGGCGAGAAAGAUGUAUGGGCUGGAGUUUGAGGAGGAUGAUGAUGAUAGUGAUUCGUCUGUGCUGCCGGAUCUUGAGUAG